CAGUUAGCAACGUGCAAAAGGAGGAGAAGGCAGACAAGGAGAGAAAGAGAGUCGUUCGAAAACGAGUCGUUACGCCUUUAAAGAGAUGUAUUCACUGUCUAGUACUGUUCCUUAGAAUAACAUGUCGAUAAAAGAUAUUGAGAUUGUGAUAAAGGUACCAAAUAUAAGAAUUGAAAAUCCAGCUGAAAGUAUGUAACUACGUUAAAACUUAAGAAUAUAGAUGACUGAAUAUACACGAUGAGAUAUAUAAUUCGAAGAAGGUUAUCAAUUAUGUCUUUUCGUUUCACGAUGUAGCUUGGAAGAAAAAGUUUAUCAUCAUUGACAUUGCUUAUCUAAUGAUGCUUACCUGCGGAUAUGAAACUAAGACACAAAAUAAUGACGUGGAUCAUCGACGAUCAUCGCGAAACGUUCUUUGUUCGCAGCUCUGGAUUUGUAGAGAGAUAUGUCGACAGAAGGCGCAGAACUUUCGAAUCGUUUCGUGACUCGAGAUGUCGAAACCAUGUCAGACGAGGCACAGAGCAAUCGCAUGGAUAUAUUGGAGUGUCUUUCAGUUUUAAUUAACGAGAAUAAUUCUGGAUAUGAUCGAACAGAAGAACUAACAUUGGAUGAGCACUUGUUAAGUGGUGGCACAACUUUGACAGCAGUAACAUUGCCCGAUGGAACGCAAGCAUUUGUUACCAAUAAUUUGAACAAUGAUGACAUGGAUUUAAAAAGGCAAGCAACGUUAGAAUUAGAGAGCGGAGAUACAAUAUUGCUUCGAGACAUAGCAGAACUUGCUGAAGGUAAGCCACUUCAACUGGAAUUGGAGCCAGCAACUUUGGUUCAAGCUCGUGAUACUACCAUAGAAAAUGUUGAGAACUAUUCAUGCGUGGAAUUUAUCGAUGGUAAUGCUUACAUGGUAGCUGGUAAUCUAGAUGUUAGCAAAAAUUUCUGGGAAAUUGAAGACGGCAAAUUGAAGAAAAAGGAUUCCAAGAUUUUAUUAAAUAAACUGUCAACAUCGAGAAUAAGACAUCCUUGCCCUAGAGAGGGCUGUUCAAAAGUUUAUAGUACACCCCAUCAUCUCAAGGUUCAUGAACGAUCUCACACCGGUCAACGACCAUACAGAUGCACACAUCCGAAAUGUAAAAAGAGCUUCUCAACAGGGUAUAGUUUAAAAGCUCAUUUGCGCACGCACACAGGAGAGAAACCUUACAAAUGUCCAAACGAAACGUGCGAUAAAAGUUUCAAAACAUCGGGAGAUUUACUGAAACAUGUACGGACGCACACCGGGGAACGUCCUUUCUUGUGUCCGUUCAACGGUUGCGGUCGUUCCUUUACUACGAGUAACAUCAGAAAGGUUCACGUUAGAACGCACACUGGUGAACGACCAUAUAAAUGUACGCAACCUAAAUGUGGCAAAGCUUUCGCGAGUGCAACAAACUAUAAAAAUCAUAUACGUAUUCAUUCAGGCGAGAAGCCUUACGUAUGCUCUAUAGAGAAUUGUGGAAGGAGAUUCACGGAAUAUUCUAGUCUUUACAAGCAUCAUCUCGUUCAUACACAACAACGUCCAUUCGAAUGUAAAAUUUGCUUAAGGAGGUACAGGCAAAGUAGCACUCUUGUGAUGCACAAAAGAACUGCUCAUUCGCUAGUCGAUAGCGAUGAUAACGUUGAUGUUCUUUGCCAAGAAUCUAUACAAGAGUCUUCUAGUCGAAACAAAGAUAGACGGAGAGGAAGCAUUACGCGCGAUAACAGUACUCCGUCGAUAAAGAUCACAGAAAAAGAUGGGCAAAUACAGAUUUCUAAAGCGGUCGACGAUUUAAAUGAUAAUGAAACACAGAUUUUAUUGGUCGGUGAUCCUUCGCAAAUUGCAGCAUUGCAGAAGAUCGAGCUGAAUGGUGGAUUCGACGAGCCUGGUAUUGAUACUUCAUUCGAAGAAUUAAACAUAAAGAUCGAAGAUAUAGAACUUGGAUGGCAUUGAUGCGUGUUUAACAUGGCAUACAUAUAUUCGAUGAAUAUUCGACGAAUAUUAAACAAAAACACAAAUUGUUUAUUUUAUCAAUCUUUUUAAUUGUCUAUUGUUUAUCGAGUCUUUUACACGUACGUAUAAUUUGUAAUUAUCACUCUCAGUAUUGGUAACUAACUAAAGAUAACUUUUGGCUAUCACAUCAUUCGAAACAAUCAAAGAAUAGUUUAUUAGUUCAUUCCUUUGUUGCUUAAUAAAAAAAAAGAAUGUAUUCGAAGACAAGUUUCAUCAUUAUUUACGAAUAAAUUGAAUGAAAUUUUUAA